UCAUUUGUAUCGCUAAUUUCGCACCUCUAAUCUUCAAACGCACAUUUUGGUUUAUUUUGAUUUGAAUGCUCUAAGAUUCGUUCGCGUUGGCGAAUUAUUAAUCAUGGACGACGACAUCUCGCUGCCCGCCGACACCUUGGCCAUUUUAAACGAAUUCCUGUUGGAGCGAUCAAAACGCGAAGCCGAGGAGGAGAAUCAAAUAGCCAACAAGACCGGCAAGGAUGCACAGUUCGAGGAGGAUUGGCAAUUGAGUCAGUUCUGGUACAGCACGGAAACCAAGCACACGUUGCGGGAUGUUGUGCGUAAGCUUCUGGCGGAGCGCACGGAGGAUUCGGGUGACUUUAGUAUAGCACUGCUCUCCUGCCCAUCGCUCUACAAGGACAUCAGGGAGAUACAUGACACAGUCCACAUCUUCGAGUUCGACAUGCGUUUCGAAGCCUAUGGCACUGAUUUUGUGCACUACGACUUGAACUGCGUAGGGAGCAACCCAGACUACCUCAAAGAGCACCACGAGCAAUAUGACCUCAUCGUGGCCGACCCGCCCUUCCUGUCACAGGAGUGCAUUGCCAAAACGUGUGAAAUAGUCACUAGGCUGCAACGAAACCAGAAGGAGAGCAAGGUAAUCUUUUGCUCCGGUGAGGUGGUGGAGCCCUGGCUAACCGCCCGCCUGCCCGUGCUCAAGUGCAGCUUCCGCCCAGAACACGAACGCAAUCUGGGCAACGAGUUUGUCAGCUACGCCAACUUCAAUUUAGACGAGUAUAUUGAAAAUAAAUAAGCAAUUGCGUUGAGGGAUAAA